GCGCCACCCUGGUGCGGGAACCCUUGGGAUUGGCCAGGAGGAGGCCCCGCUCUGUCUCCGCCCACUCUCGCCCUCUGCAUCCGAGUCGGAGACACUGGGGAUUGGCUCCCAGGUGGGGAUGGGGGCCCAAAGAAGCAUGGAGACGUUCCCGUCCCUCUCGCGCUCACCGGGGAGGGAGCACCCCUGAUUGGUCCGGGAGUCUCGGCGCGCGCCCGCCGGCGCUCCAGGAUUGGCUGAAGACGGGCUCGCGCCGCCGGGGAGCGUUGGCGGUGAUUGGCCGGGGGGUGGGGUGGCUAUUUGAAGGCGGCGCGCGGACGAGGUGCGCAUUUCAGUCCGCGUAGAGAGGAGUCGGGAGCGGCUCUUGGAACCCUGUCUCCUAACCCACCGGACGCAGGCCCUAGGUUGGCCCCGGCCCGGCCUCAGCCCUGGUACCAGCCCCGGCCCGGCGAGGCGAUGGCCAAAGUAUCGGUGCUGAACGUGGCGGUGCUGGAGAACCCGACCCCUUUCCACAGCCCCUUCCGGUUCGAGAUCAGCUUCGAGUGCAAUGAGGCCUUGGCGGACGACUUGGAGUGGAAGAUCAUUUACGUUGGAUCAGCUGAGAGUGAGGAGUUUGAUCAGAUCCUAGACUCGGUGCUGGUCGGCCCUGUCCCAGCAGGGAGACACAUGUUUGUCUUUCAGGCCGAUGCCCCCAAUCCAUCCCUCAUUCCUGAGACCGAUGCCGUGGGUGUGACCGUGGUCCUCAUCACCUGCACCUACCAUGGGCAGGAGUUCAUCCGCGUGGGCUACUACGUCAACAACGAGUACCCCAACCCUGAGCUGCGGGAGAACCCACCACUGAAGCCAGACUUUUCUCAGCUCCAGCGGAACAUCUUGGCUUCCAACCCCCGGGUGACCCGCUUUCACAUCAACUGGGACAACAACACAGACAGGUUGGAGGCCAUCGACAACCAGGACCUUUCACUGAGCAGCGGCCUCCCCCUCAGCUGCACUCCUGUCAAGGGCCUGGGCCUUCCUGGCUGCAUCCCUGGCCUGCUCCCUGAGAAUUCCAUGGACUGCAUCUAACUUUGGGAGCUCAGGCGCUGGCUGGGCUCAGCCAGGACCCAGACCAGUUUCCUGGCACACCUGGAGGAGGCACCUGGGCCUCCUGGAGAGUCAUGUGGGACAUCUGGAGAACUUUGGGGCUGUCACCUACAUCGAAUCAGACUGGGCCCCAUGGAAAGAACAGGCCCUGGGUCUUUCCCAGCCCUGGCCCAGAAGGAUCAUCUCACAUCUACUCCACAGGCCUGUAAGAAGGAGGUACUUAGUUCUUCAUUCUUUCUGACUAUCCCCUUUCACUGUUCCACACACACUAUAAAUUCACCUGGAGGCCAUUGUGCUCCCUUGAGUAGCACUGACCCAAAGCUGCUUCCCACAGACCUUCCGGGCCUGCCUGAGGCUUUCUUGGUCAGUGCCUGGCAAGGCUCCAGCCCUUUUGGAUCAAAGGCUCUGCCAUUCCUUCCCCUUCCCAAACAUCUGAACAGAGCCCCCAGCUUUCUGGAGUCACAGGCAAGGAAUCCUGGUUAGGAUGUGGACUCAGAUACAAUGUCUGUCCUCCCCAGAUUUUUGGUUCUUCCCAACCCAGCAGCCUCUAGAAAACGCAGCUCCUAAAGGUGUGACCAGCAGGUGCCUCUCUUCUCAGUCACAGCCACCUUCCUGUUACCUCUUAACUGGACCUGGCAUUCUCUAGAGACUUCAGUGGUGGGGAGGUAGCAUGUUGGAAGGGUCUGCUGUGCUCUGUUUUGGCGUUGGCAUCAAGCCCCUCUACCUCUGCCAGCCUUGACCUGUCCUCUGCCAAGACCGCACACACUCAUGGGCCACAGGUGAGUGUGGGCAAGGGAAGCUGUCAGGAUCCUGAAAAUCUUCCCUCCCCGGAAUGCUCUCCACCUCUGCCCUAUCCCCUCGCUGCUACAUGGAUGCUGUUGUGAUUGCAGUUUGUAUAUUAAAGGGUUUUUAUAUUAAAAAUGUUUGGUUGCGCUAAAAAUAAAAAGCACUUCAUUGAGGCUGUUUCUGCUUCUGUCUCAGGCGAGCAGGGACAGCUCCAUCCAUCCUAUCCUCCUAAUGGUGGGGUUGGCCUCUUCCUCCACUCAGUGAGUUGGGUGUCCCUUGCCCCCUUGCUUGACUUCUUACUCCAGUUCUAGCUGGUUGUAUAGUUGUAUUCCAGACUAAGUUUUGGGGAGAGUGUCAAAUCUGGAGAUAGAGAUGAACAGUGAUUUCAGACUUUGACCCUGGCCCACAAGAAGAAAUUAACUUUUACAUUGUGAUCCAAGUAUAUACACAAAGCCACACUUUGAUUAAAUCCAACUUAACCUUACUAUGUAACUCCACAGCCUGCACUAGUAUUUGGCUGGCCAGCCUUUUUCCCGUAUUUCAGAGAAGCCCAAACUCUCCCUCCCUGGGGCUGGUGGUCAGCCAGAGAGGAGACGUGCAGACAACUGUGUGCAGUUAGCCCAAGUCCAUAAGCAGAGCAAUGAGUCAGCUUGUGGACUUGAGACUGGACUAGUCCCUCCAAAGUAGGGGAGCUGGCUGGUCCAGCCCCCAGCCUCUCUUGGCACCUCAUGUGGGGGCCUUCCUCCACUUCAGUGGUUCUCAACUCAAUUUCUGGAGACUUUGGCUGUAAGCAGUGGGGGCAGGAGGGAGGAAGUAUGUGCUUCUGGUACCUCGUGGGUAGAAGCCAGACAGCCCCCCCCCCCCAACACCAAGCAUCCAGCCCCAAAUGUCAGUCGGGUAGCAUUGGUAAACCCAGCUGUACUGUCAUCCUCAGGCUGUGAUAUAUUAAAAGGGCACCCUAAAGAAGGACAUCUUGCCCCUUCUAUCCUCCGGGAGGGUAGGUUCCCUUUGCAUUCUCCAGACAAAAGGAAUGCAGAGUGGUGAUUACCAGCAGGGAAUCUGAAUCCAGGAGGCCUGGCUGUGCCCCCGAUUCCUUGUCUGUACAAUGGGGAUAAUAGUGCCUACAUGAUAGGAAUGUUGUGCGAAGUAAUAAGGUGAACCAGUGCCAACUCUCUGCUGGUACGAGCCCAGGGUGGGCGCCCAGCAAAGGGUGGACACUGCGUGCCCCUCUCAGCCGCCCCUUGCUCCCGGAGCCCAGCAUCCUUCUGAUGCUUGGGCUGUGGCUGGAGGCGACCCCGGGCGGCCUGGCCGCUGCUGCCCAACACCAGCCCUUAUGAA